AACGUGAUGCUUUGCUUCUUGGACCUUCUUGGACUAUACAGCGGUUCCAUCUCGGAUGCUAUACUUUCCCACCAAUCUUCAUAUGUUCCCAGGGAUCACGACAUUCAUGCACUUCCAUCCCUUCUACCGUCACCGUAACGCGUGGGACCCUGUCGACCAAGCAAACUUAAUAUUACUCGUGCUCAUUCAGCGUGCCGACCUACCCUCAGCAAGCGCGGAAAAACGUGUAUUUCAUGUAAACCCUUGCGACUGUAAAUCAAUAUCCAUCUGUUCGCUACCAUGUCCAUCGCUCAGCGCGAUUCCACUGGAAAUGCCCUCCGGACAUCAGUAUACGAUACUAUUCUUCAGCUCGGACUCCUCGAGAAGAAUAGUAUGAUAUCGGACUGGAUGUUUGAGGGUACUGCUGGGCCAUCCACCCGAAAUUCCGAGCGCAAGGAGGAAGAAUUCUCGACGGAUACAGAGUCGGUAUAUUCGAGUCCCAGUCUCAGGGAGGACGUCCCCACUAGUGUCAGUGAGCCAGUAUCUCCUUCCAAAUCCCCACCUUCGAAGUUUUUCAAAGCGGUGAGGUCGAAGUUCUCACCCAUCAAAAAAGCGUCAUCCUCGCAGGAUGCUCUACACGGCAGCCACACAUCCAUCCAUACCACGGUACCGCCAUUAAAACGUCGACCGAAGAUCAAUACCCUUUCCUUACAGCAGCUUCCCGGUUCGCUCGGCUCGCAUGAUAAGAGUAUACGCCAUGGCGCAAAUGCUCCCGGACACGAGGCAAAUGUGGCGGCAUCCAGCUGGAAUCCUGCGAAAGAGAAGCCAGCUACAGGAAUCAACGGAAACGGCGCGCCACGCAGAGAUAGAGAUGAUAGUUCGUCGUCAACAGAGGAUUUGGGUUUGGAGUGGGAAGUGAUUCCAGAGAUGGCGAGAGCGGCGCCGACGGAGUUGAAGCCAAAAGGUGAUGGAUCUCCAUCUGUUGAACACAGCCUUCAUCAUGUAGGGCGCAAGCCUGUGGAACUGCAAGCGAAGCGGAUCGAUGCAAAUGGUGGCGGGAAGGGAUUCUACCGCUCGUUUUCAUUUGUUGGACCUCGUCGAAAUGCCAGCAGUCCCAAGAAACCCAAAUCGCUGCGUAGGCCAAAGUCGCUACGUCCUGAUCCCAAACAACCGCAUUCGAAUCCAUUUAGAUCUCCUCGGUUCUCUCCUACUGUGGAGGUUCCUGAUGGUGAUAAUAGCGACGGUGACACGUCUUGCAUUCCGUUAUCCGCUUCAAGCGCCGAGGACCCUCCUACACCGGAUGCACUGCUUCGUGAAUACGCUGCAGGAAGACGUCCGAUGUCAUUUUCCCCUCAAAUCCAAAGAGGAAGUCAUCAUUCAGAUGAAGAUCCUUUCUCAGCUGCCCCCUCUGCCUCGUCGACAGUGCCAGUAACGCGGCCCGUUUCUUUUAAUGGUUCAUACCUGGCGGUGCCAGGGACAGGCGCGACCGCCACCGUGCAGAGAUCAGUUUCAGCCAUCCACCAGAGAGGGCGCCAGGUUCCUUUCCCCACAAACCCAAUUUCCCCUAUCCCCCUCUCCCUCAGUGGUUCAGGUAGUGACCGGAAACUUGGGGGAUUGAGAGAUAUCUAUAGGCAGGAUUUGGAUGCUGCCAUAAGUGAGAGCGUCGUUCUAGGUGAAGCUAACAUAAGUCGUCGUAAAUAUGGGAUACGCCAGUAGGACACGAGGUGGUAGGCAGGUAGUUCGAUGAAUUGACUAUCGACUUUUACACAUAUGAAUUCUAUAUCAUGUUUAGAUGGUACUAAAAUGAAAAGGGAAUGUCUGCUCACGUAUCAUAAUGUAGCCAUUAACGGGUAGCCAUUAACGGGCAAUGAUUACCGAUGGCACCAGUCACAGACAUCAAGGUGUUGCG